CUAUACGAACGUUAGUUUCGCGCGGAACACAAACGUCGUAACGCCGUCGCCGUCGCUCUCAAAAUCAUUGCGCGUGUCGUUCGGUACGUCUUCGACGGUGUAAGCAUUUUGUAAUUAUUCUGAUAGAACGCAGUGCCGGCAGUGCGUGUGCCGCAGCUGAAUAAGCCAUACCGUUCCGGACAGGAUCGCACGGUAUAUUUGAGUUGUUAAACUGCUACGGUGCCGUCAAGCUGUCGUCGUACAAGAGCGACUCGUCGGUUGCCGGCGGCAGUACCACCGGCAGCUACGGCCAUGCACAGCUUUCAAACAACCUCCGACACGGGCACCACAACCAGCAACAGGGUUCGGCCGCUUACAACAGUGGCGGUAAAACGUACCGACAUAAAGGUCGGUCGAAAUCGGCCACCAAAUAUAUGGACGACAAGCCCAAGAAGAAGAAGAAGUCGUCCAACAGCGUGUCUCUCGUGUCUAUACCCAAUACCAUCAAGUUGUCCAUGCUAAACAGCGGAUUGCUACCACUAUCGGUGGGACCAAAUGGAGUAAUAUCAGGUGAUAAGAAAAUUCCUAAAGAAUGUUUUGUCAAACACUGCGACCAAAGACGAAAAUAUCCAGUGCUAUACAAACUUGAAUUUCAGGCUGCAGUCAAAGUAGAAACACAUUCUUGCCGUCACGCUACAAAACCUAAUAAUAAAGAAAAAAACCAAAAUCAAAAGUGUAUCGCAUAUGACUAUAACAGAGUGGUUUUGAAUCAAAUGCCUGACGUACCAGAUUCGGAUUAUAUCAAUGCUUCUUAUGUAGAUAGUUUGCUGAAGCCGAACGCGUACAUAGUGACACAAGGGCCGACGGAGAACACGGUCAACGACUUUUGGCGAAUGAUUUGGCAGGAAAACGCGUGUUGUAUAGUCAUGUUGACGAAAACGUUCGAUUUCAUUAAGGUGAUGUGCAUACAGUAUUGGCCGUCUGCCAAGGUGAACAGCGAAAACUACGGUGAUCUCAACAUAUCUGUUUUACACGAAGAAGAAUUAGCAAAUUUCCACAUCAGAACCAUUCAAGUGGUGAAGAAACAAGGAACUAAUAAUGAAGAGACCAGGACGCUGCUGCAGUUCCAUUACACCGAGUGGCCGUGUCACACCUGUCCAUUUUCCAAUGCCAUACUUGAAUUCAGGCGGAGAAUGAGGGCCGUAGUAGGUUCGAGACUUCAUCACGACAGUCCCAUAGUGGUCCAUUGCAACGAUGGAGGAGGUCGUUCGGGCGUAUACUUAUCCAUCGACGCUAACCUGGAACUCGCCGAAGAAGAAGAUUGUUACGACGUGUUCGGUUACCUAAAAACACUAAGGCAGUCUAGAAAAGGCAUGGUCGAGACGCUGAAUCAAUACAAAUUUAUCUACGACACGCUCGAAGAAUUCGUGUUGUGCGGGUUCUCGUGGUUUCCCGUCAAAGAGCUGUCGCAGAAGCUGAAACAAAAGUCCAUGAAAGAUCACGAAACCAAACUCAACGAAUACCAGAGGGAAUACCAGCAAAUCUGCAAAAUGACGCCGAGGUUUACCAUUGGCGACUGUGCCGGAGGUCACAGAGGUGAUAACCGAGAGAAAAAUCGCGACGUGCUCAUCGUACCCCCCGACAACUUCCGACCGUACUUGACCUCGUUCCAGGGCAACACGUUUACCGACUACAUAAACGCCGUAUUCGUAGACGGUUACACCAAACCGAGAGAGUACAUAGUCACCGAGUGGCCCAUCAAACACACGCCCGGAGACUUUUGGUCGCUCGUCUACGACUACGAGUGUUCCGCCGUCGUGGUGCUCUGCCUGCCGCCCAGAGACUCUCAACAAUACCCUCCGUUUUGGCCCGAGGGCAGACAUUCCAAAAAAUACGGACCGGUGUUUACCAUCGACCACAUAUCUCAUAAUCACUACGCCAACAUAAAAACAUGGCUGUUCCGGAUCAACAAAAAGAUAGUAUCGCUUACCGAGUUAAUGGCCGGUGUCAAAGCUCCGCCUAGGACCGUUCAACUGUUCCAGCUGACGUGCUGGCCGAUGGGCCACAGAGUACCCACUUCCACGAAUUCUCUAGUCGAACUUAUGAACAUGGUGGAGAGAUGGAGACAGCGAAUCGAUUACGGACCGGUCGUCGUUGUUUCCCACGACGGCAGGAGCAGGUGUGGCGUAUAUUGUGCGGCAAACGCUUGCAUCGAACAGGUCAUCCAACACGGCGAAGUGGAUGUUUUUCAAGCGGCCAAAACGGUUAGACGCCAUCGGCCACAACUCAUAGAGAAUAUGACUGAAUAUAAAUAUUGUUACGAUUUGGUGUUGCAUUACGUGCUACACUACCUAAACAAAGAUCAAAAAGAGAAGAAAUGAGAUUACGAGGUAGAAGCUCAGUGGUUCUGUCAGUUCGGUAGAGGAGCAUCUCAGCCACUAACGCCUGACCAGCCUACGGCGAAUGGGCCCGGCCAUAACGGCCGAGCGGCCGAUGGUGACAAAAUGCAAAACGCUUAUACCGCACCGAUUGCUUAUCCUGGCCGUUACGUUGUCGUUAAGCAAUUCUCCGUGGACAGGACGCCACCACCUGCCGAGGACGACGCUAACGACGACGAAAAAUCGGUACCAAAGUUUUAUAACCCAUUUUACCUGCGGCUAGACCUCAAAACACACAGCACUCGGCUAUUGCACCAUUCCAUACAACAGACCAGCGUGGACGGCACUCCCGAACGCCAGCCCGUCACGGUAACGGUACGCAGUGAGACGGUCGCAACCACGCCUGUACAGACACCGGUCAUUAAGAAACGGUCGGUAGCUUUCUCUGAAAUCGUGGACGUGUGCAACAACGACGACUCGGAAGAGAACCCGCCGACUCGGGACACCGGACACUUGCGAAAUGUGUUGGAGAUCCAAUCACAAACCGGUGAAGUGGUCGGCGAACUGCACAUUGAACGGUUGCCAGCCAACGGCUUUUCCCAUUCAGCGGCCAUGAGCAACCGUGAGAAACGACACGAGAUAUUUUGUCGAAGACGCCAGACGCCUGUCUACGACGAUGAUGUUAUCGUAGACUUGACGAGCCAAAAGUCCAGCGACACUGAAUCGCUGUCGGAGUACUUGAGUUGCGAAGAACUGCCUGCUAUCGUUUUGGGCAGUGAACUCAACCGAUCCGAUUCGAGUUCGGCGUUUACUGCUCCUCAGUGUUGUCCGUUAUGAUAUUACCUGGCCCGAGGGUCAAAUAUAUUGUUACUUUAGACAAUCGAUAAUUGCCAAUAACAACAUUGUUAUUAAUUAUUGAAGGCCAAAGAAUGGUUUGAUCGUGUGUUUUUUAUCAUUGUUAUUGGUUUUAGAUAGUUAGAUUAUUCGCUUAAAUUCCCAUUAACAGAUUACAAUUCUUUAAAAAGUCUAAAGGUACUUAAGUAUACCGAUGCUAGUAUAAUGAAAUAUUUUUAUAAUUUUAUCAAAUUUAUUUCGUUAUAUUUUAAGUUGUCAAAGUUUAAAUUAUUUUAAGUCGUCUAUUUACAAAGUGGAUUAAUUUUAUUGAAAUAAUAUUUUGUUGUUAAUACGCUGCAGACGAUUAAACGCCUUGUCUAAAGUAACAUAGACAUAUGUUGUGUUUGUUGUCGCUUAACAAUCACAAUAUCUUACUUUUUAGUUGUGAUGUUAAUUUUUGUUAUCAUAUUCCCAAAACAGGGUACCAAAAGCAAGGUAAGACGAAAACGAAAAUAACGCCGAAUGCUGCAUAAUAAAUUACACAUGUCUCGUAAAGAGAAACAGCGCCACUGACUAAUAAAAAUAAGGCACCUUUGUUCAUUUUAUUGUGUACAUAUAUUUUUAAACGAUAAUUACUUUGCAAUUAUAAUAAUAUUAAUUACAGUGUUCAAUUAAAUUUAUCGGGGUAAUUAAAAUAAUGUGUUAAGUUUUGUUAAACAGGGUGCGCACAUUAUACAUGUACUUAGACGAUUAGUGUUUGCUGUAAGGUAAUGUGUAAAAAAAAAAAUAUUACCAGUACUGUAUAUUUGUGUAUAUUGGAAAAUAUUGUUAUCUAUUGCUGCACGUCCGUCCAUUUUUGGUUUUGUUAAUAUAGCUAAAACAUGGAUUUUUUUAAUUGGACGAUGAUAAACAUGUUACCAAAAUUUUGGACAAAUGACUUUACAAAAUGUAACAAAAUUCUUGUACAGUUGACGCAAACGUCUUUGGUUCCUCGUAAUUAUUAAUCUUAGUUCAUUUUUAUACCAAUUAAUUGUAACUGUAUUUUUUAAGCUGUUUAAUAUGUUUAAUUCCAAUAACAAAUAAAUUGAUGGACCAGUUAAAAUUAAAUAUUUUAGACAUUAAUUUUGAGAUAAGUUAUGUAGAUUCAUUAAUUUAUAAUAUUAUAUUUAUAAUAUGUGCUGUCUAUUUAGUUGCUAGUAUAUUGUUUUUCAAACUGCAACUAAAUAGCUUUAUAAUAGUAUAUUACUAUUGACAUUUUAGUAUUUGUUAUCACGUGCCUAAAAAGCCGACAUAAUAUUAGGUGUUAUGAAUAUGUAGACUGAAACGAGUCAAUUUUAUCAAAAUCAGUGGCUAGUCAUUGUUCUAUGUUUUACUUGUCAGCAAAUCUACUCAUGUUAUUCCUUAUGUUGAUAAAAUUAGUUUAAUAGUUAUUAAUGUAUUGUCAAUAAUUUACUUAUAUUAUAGUACACCAUCUAUUGUUUUGUACAUGUUGUAUGUUGUACUUAGUAUGUCACGAUAGACUUAGUUCAUAAAUAAUUAUUGUUACGUCCUACGUAUACUUCCAUAUAGAUUUUACUAACAAAAUAAAAUAAAAUUCCAUAAUA